AUGCCUUGGAAGCUGUCUCCCACAGCUCAGAUGACUCUCAGAUCCCGAAAGAGGCGGAGUACCGGACAAGGCAGCAACAACAACUAUCCUUAUCCUGUGGUAGAUGAAUCCAGUCAGUACUCGUCCGCCACAUUGAUCCCUCAAGACGUUGGCUUAGCAACGGGUAGCUCAAGUCAGGCGACCCUGGUUCAGCCAGUCGAACCUCCUCUCAGUAGUAACGACGAGUCGAUUGUCGAAUAUGAACAUCCGGCGCUUCCAAUAUGGUCUCUUGCUGAAUUGCAGUACAAUGACAACGAAAACAUUGACCAUCGAGGAAGUUUUCUUCUGCCCAUAGAAAGAACCAAAGACUCCAAUACCUACUCACUGUCGGGAACUAUUCUUUGGACUAAUGGAGCGCGCUUGAGGUUUGCACAGGACUCAAGGGCCGCGCUCAGUGCUGAGGUUUUGGCCACAACACUGGCCGCAUUCACCUUUGCUGAUCCGAUGGGAAGCAAUCCUAUAUCAAAGGAGUACGCACAAGAGUAUCGCCGAAUCAAUCACAGUGAGGAUUGGUCUGAAUUUGCACCAAGAGUCGAGGAAAGAUUCUACGGGGCUUUUUUCAGCGUGAUAAGGGAUGGCUCAGCAUGGCCUGGAAGGAUUGCCGAGGUGCAGUGUCACACUUGGGGCUGUACAGUACCGCUGGGAACCACGAGGAUCACAUUGAUCUUUCAACCCGGCAUGUCUAUGGCGGAAGUUGAGAGAUUCGGUCGUAUACAGAGGGAGACGGUUUCUCCGGUAGGAAUGAUUUGUGAUAAUGAGGAGGAGGUGCUGGUUAUCUAUUGA